GAAAAAUAAAAGUUCGUUUGGCUUAUUUUGUCUCUUCAUACAUCCAUAUAUUUCACACUGUAGAAAUGGCUGCAGUUGAGAAACUGAGAAGUGUUAUCAACGAGCGACUAGCUGCAGCUGCCGAUGAAAUAUUUGGAGUUUUUGCUCAAGCUUUAUCAGCAUACGAGGAGGAGAUUUGUCGUCAGCGCAGAUUAUUGGAUACCGUCUUGAAGCCUCAGAUAAAGCUGCACAGAACAGAGCUCCCUCAGCAACAUGUCUACGAGGAUGAGGUUCUCACUGACCAGCAGCUCUGUAGUCAGGAAAGGAACUCCAGUCUGGACCAAGAGGACCCAGAGCCUCCACAGAUUAAAGAGGAACAGGAGGAACUUUGCACCAGUCAAGAGGAAGAGCAGCUUGGACUAAAGCAGGAGACUGAUGUCUUCAUGGUGACUCUUACUGAUGAGGAAAGUGUGCACAGCGGUCAGACUUGUGCAAAAGAGUCUGUAGGCAAGCCUCAGAUAAAGCUGCACAGAACAGAGCUCCCUCAGCAACAUGUCUGUAAUGAGGAUGAGGUUCUCACUGACCAGCAGCUCUGUAGUCAGGAAAGGAACUCCAGUCUGGACCAAGAGGACCCAGAGCCUCCACAGAUUAAAGAGGAACAGGAGGAACUUUGCACCAGUCAGGAGGAAGAGCAGCUUGAACUAAAGCAGGAGACUGAUGUCUUCAUGGUGACUCUUACUGAUGAGGAAAGUGUGCACAGCGGACGGACCUGUGCAAAAGAGUCUGUAGGCAAGCCCCAGAUGAAGCUGCACAGAACAGAGCUCCCUCAGCAACAUGUCUGUAAUGAGGAGGAGGUUCUCACUGACCAGCAGCUCUGUAGUCAGGAAAGGAACUCCAGUCUGUACCAAGAGGACCCAGAGCCUCCACAGAUUAAAGAGGAACAGGAGGAACUUUGCACCAGUCAGGAGGAAGAGCAGCUUGGACUAAAGCAGGAGACUGAUGUCUUCAUGGUGACUCUUACUGAUGAGGAAAGUGUGCACAGCAGACGGACUUGUGCAAAAGAGUCUGUAGGCAACAUGCCAGUUAUAAGCGUUGUGGUAUCAGAAGCACAAAGUCAUCUGCAGCUCAUCUCUCACAAUUCUGAUGACUCAGGGUUAACAAGAACUGCAGAUCCAGAAAUAAACAAAAGACAUCGCAAAACCAAAAGGAACAAUGUAAACAACGCUAACUUGUCAGACAUGCAACAUAAUACUUGCACAGUGAAGAAUUUCAAAUGUGAAAUUUGUGGGAAAGAUUUUAAGUACAUGUCAAAAUUGCAAAGACACAUGACCACCCACAGGGAUGUGAAGCCAUAUUCUUGCCAAACAUGUGGAAGAGGUUUCAGAGAAAGUAGUUCCUUGAUGUACCACAUGCGAGUCCACACAGAUGAGAAGAAAUAUACUUGCAAAACAUGUGGGGACAAAUUCAGAUUCAACAUUGACUUUAAGAAUCACAUCAAAAUCUGCACAGGAGAGAAGAAAUAU